CACCCCUCAAGUAUCUACGGUCAGCUCUCCGCCAUGAUGCUCAGAGAAGUGAAGGCGAAGAACCCGCGCACUGCGCGCAUCCUGAAGGCGCGGGAGCCGCAGCUCAUCGAGCCCCCCAAGCGCAUGCUGCUGAUGCACGGGUCGAAAUGCCCGGUAGCCCUGCACACGGUCCUGAAGACGUUCCAUUCCCUGACGAAACCGAACUCGAUCCUGUUCCACAAGAAGAAUGAGAACAUCCACCCCUUCGAGAACACGGAGAGCAUGGAGUUUCUCGCCAACAAGAACGAGUGUGGGAUUGUUGCCUUUGGUAGCAGCAGCAAGAAGCGCCCGAACUGCUUGACCCUCGCGCGCAUUUUUGACUCCAAGAUCCUGGACAUGUGCGAGCUGAUGUUGCUCCCCGGGGUGGACGAGACCGCCAUUCCGGCCAUGAACAACCUGACCAUGCACAUCGGCCUGGGCCUGCGGCCUUUACUGCUGUUUGCCGGCAGCCCGUGGGAGGACCCGACAUCGAACGCACACGUGAUGCUGAAGAGCAUGUUUGUCGACAUGUUCAAGGGCGAGGAGUCGGAUAAGAUCGACGUGGAAGGCCUGCAGUAUAUCCUGAUGGUGAGCGCGGAGGAACCCACCGAGGGCCUGUCAUCUGUGAUUCACCUGCGCUGGUACAAGAUCAAGACCAAGCGUAGCGGCCACAAGCUGCCUCGUGUUGAGCUGGAUGAGAUAGGUCCCAAGUUCGACUUCAAGGUCGGUCGGGUGCAGGAGGCGCCGCGCGACGCCCUGAAGGAGGCUAUGAAGCAAGCCAAGCGGCCCAACGAAGACAUGAAGACGAAGAAGAACAUCGGUAUGGACUCGAUCGGUGAUAAGAUCGGCCGUGUGCACCUGGGCAAGCAGGAUCUGGGCGGCCUCCAGACGCGCAAGAUGAAGGGAUUGAAGCGUCGCGCCGGCGUGGAGUCCGACGACGACAACGACGACGAAGAUCACGAUCUUGAUAUGAUGGAAGUGGACGAGAUCUCAGAAGAUGAAGGACGGAAACGUCCCCGGAAGCAUUGAGGCCGUCCGGGGCCCUAAAACAAAAGAAGAAAAAAGCACUACUCCUUUGAUCUCUUUUUUCUACAUUUGAGCCGACGAGUCUUCCGCACCAGGCGUUCCGGGUUGGUUUCAGGGUCUGUUUUCCCUUGCCCAGAUGGCAAGCAACUUCAUUAUUUGCUGUCGGCUACUGCUACUCUCGUGGUAUUGAAAAUGAUAUAUGUACGGACUUGUCCGGUCUGUCUAUAGAAUAGUUGUAACUAGCUAUGAUGAUCCAUAAAAUAUUUCUUUUUCCAAUAGAUCUAAUAGCACCG